AUGGCAGUUCCAAGACCGUCAAGCGCCCCUAUUCCCGAGCAGGUCAGCGCUCCCAUUCUGAGAAGAUAUGCUUACACCCCCAGCCUCGAUAGCGCGUACCGAAAAGAAACACCAUUCGUAGUGGACAUGGGAAUAGAAGUCAGCGAAGAUGGACCAAGACAGCGUCGCGGGGCAGCUGUUGAAGUGGAGUCAAGCUCUCAAGAGCCGAACCCCAUAUUGACUCCAAGCUCAAGCAAUGGCGAAGGAGAUGGAGACACGACUGCUGACCUUGCAGCGAAAUUGUCCAGUAUUCAACAACUCCUUGCUAAGUUGCCAUGGCCCCCCUUUUCGAACAGAGCCGACGGCACUCGGGAUGCGUCUAGCAAUGAAGAGUAUUGUGCAAAGGUCAAAUAUGACAAACUUGAGGAGUAUAUGCUUGGUAUACCUCGUCUCGCAGCGCUGCAAGACUCCAACGAUAGCUUUUGCAUGGCUCGCAGAUUCGGGUAUGCAGGGAUGCGGGUAGUUCUACACAAGGCGAUGGUGUUAGACCAGCUGCUAAAGAAAUUACAUCAACUCGAUGUAUCGGAUAAUGCAGAUGAUAGUCUAAGGUACAGAUUGUCAAGUGGGGAAUAUUAUGAGGGACGCCCGGGAUGGGACGCAGCGCAAAACAAGUUGAUGCAAGAAAUAGAGACUAAGCUGACUGGGUACUGGGACUUCUGGCUUAAAUAUGUCGAUGUUAGAGCACUCGCUCAGGUGCCAGAACAUAACCAUCGAAGCGUCCUAAAUUGGCUGGAAACAUAUCAGCCUAUUUACGAAGGUGAAGAGGACUUCUUGUUCGUAAUAGACGACCUUGUCGCUGCAAAACGAGAUGGUGGUGCUACUAAGCAUACAAGUAAGAUCGACGAGCUGAUAGAUGCAAACAUGCACAAAAUCCCGAGAGGUCUGCUCAACCUACUUUUCCGCGAUAAGAAUCAGGACAAAAAAAGCGAGGAUGGUCAAAUCCAUCACCUAACAUCGGCUCGGCUUGUGAUCACCGGAAGAUUCAUCGUAGCCAUCAUCGCUGUCAUCACCAUGCUCAUGCCCAUAUUGUUAAUGUUCCUGCUCGACUUGCGCAAGGUUAUCAUGGCAAGCAUAGUGGCUAGCUUUGUGGUCAUCUUCAUGACGUUGACGAUCCUGGUGGUUGACGUGACGGCAGACAACUUGUUUCUCUGCAUCGCCGGGUAUGAGAUCUUGAAUCCAGCGAAGUAUGGAGAUAAUGCUGACACUAAGGAAUAG